AUUCUCUAAGCAUAAAAUAAAAAGGAAAAUAAAGGAAAAAAGAGCUAUAAUUCUUCUGUCUGAUAAUCCGAUGUUCUGAGAUUGUUGGUAACUUUGAUUUCCCGAACAUUAGUUCCAAUCUGCAGAAAAUGGCAUCAAUGGUUGCUAAGCCUUGCAGUAGUAGUAGCUGUCAAUUAUCCCCUUCAGUUUCUGUUCAAGAAAAGGGUAGUAGGAAUAAGAGGAAAUUUCGGGCUGAUCCGCCUGUAGGUGACCAAAGUAAGAUUAUCUUGUCGACUCAAAUUGAAUGCCCAAGUUAUGAAUUUUCAGCGGAGAAAUUUGAAAUCACCCCAGGUCAUGGACAACCUAGUGCCUGUGACCUAUGCAGUGUUAACCAGGAUCACACUGAUGGGUUGAAACUUGGUCUUGGAUUGUCUAGUGCUAUAGACUCAUCUGAGGUUGGGCCUAGCCGGCCUAGAGAAGAAUUAGAGGCAGACGAAUUCCGAGAUGCUGAUUGGAGUGAUCUUACAGAAGCUCAGCUUGAAGAGCUUGUGUUAAGCAAUUUGGAUGCCAUUUUCAAAAGUGCAAUUAAAAAAAUUGUUGUUUGUGGUUACACUGAAGAAGUUGCUACCAAGGCUAUCUUAAGGUCUGGCCUUUGUUAUGGGUGUAAAGACACAGUGUCAAACAUAGUGGAUAAUGCUUUAGCAUUUCUUAGAAGUGGCCAAGAGAUUGAUCCUUCAAGGGAGCACUAUUUUGAGGAUUUAAAGCAGCUGGAGAAGUAUGUACUGGCAGAAUUGGUUUGUGUUCUUCGAGAAGUUAGGCCUUUCUUCAGCACUGGGGAUGCAAUGUGGUGCUUGUUAAUUUGUGAUAUGAAUGUGUCACAUGCUUGUGCAAUGGAAGGAGACCCCUUGAGCAGUUUUGUGUGUGAUGGGGCUGCAAGUGGGAGUUCCUACCUUUCCACCCAACCCCAGUUAAAGACAGAAACCAAAAGUUUGGAAUUGAAUCUUCCAAAUCCUUCUAAAUCAUUUAUUUGUUCUCAUAGUACUCAGUCUGAGGCUUCCACUGUGGCAGGGGCUUCCAACACUACGAAACCAAAGAGUUCCCUUGUUCUCAACGGACUAGUAUCAGAGAAAGAGGGCACAAAUACAUCAGAUACCAUUGAUAAAUCCAUAAAUGUUGCAGGAACCUGUCAAUCUCCUGCAGUGGAAGAAAAGUUAGGGGGAAGUAGAAAGGUACAUUCUGGUAGUACCAAAAGAGAAUACAUGCUCCGACAGAAGUCACUUCAUGUGGAGAAACAUUACCGGACAUAUGGAUCUAAAGGAUCUUCGAGAGGAGGGAAGCUGAGUGGUUUUAGUAGUUUAAUCUUGGAUAAAAAAUUAAAAUCUGUGUCUGACUCUACCGCUGUCAAUCUAAAAAAUGCCGCCUUAAAAUUAAGUAAGCCAAUGGGAGUUGAUGUGCCCCAAGACAAUGGGAACCAUAGUCUUUCAACGAACUCUGGACCCUCUUCUUCUUCUUCUUCUGCAGCUUCUAACCUGGAAAGUGUUAAUACCACUUCUACAUUGUCAAAGACCAGUACCUCAACCACAUUACACGCAGUUAGUCCUCCACCUGCAUUGCCUGCAGUUAAUACAUCACCUCCAUUAUCAGCUGCCGAUACUGAGCUUUCUCUUUCACUUCCUACAAAGAGCAACUCUGCUUUGGUGCCCGGCAGCUUCAAUGUUGAGCCACCUAAUUGUAGUUAUGCUGGGAUACCAUAUGAUAAAUCUCUCGGGCAGUGGGUUCCCCAGGACAAGAAGGAUGACAUGAUUUUGAAACUGGUUCCAAGGGUUCGGGAACUGCAAAAUCAGCUCCAGGAGUGGACAGAAUGGGCAAAUCAGAAAGUUAUGCAGGCUGCUCGUAGGCUGGGUAAGGACAAGGCUGAACUUAAGACACUGAGGCAAGAGAAAGAAGAAGUUGAACGGCUCAAGAAAGAGAAGCAGACUCUGGAGGAAAACACUAUGAAGAAGCUAUCUGAGAUGGAGAAUGCUUUGGGCAAGGCUAGUGGGCAGGUUGAGCGAGCCAAUUCUGCUGUCAAAAAGCUUCAGUUGGAGAAUGCUGGACUGAGGAAAGAGAUGGAAGCUGCUAAAUUACGUGCGGCUGAGUCAGCUGCAAGCUGUCAGGAGGUAUCAAAGAGGGAGAAGAAGACACUCAUGAAAUUUCAGUCAUGGGAGAAGCAAAAAUCCUUCUUCCAAGAAGAACUCAUGACAGAAAUACGCAAAGUAACACAACUGCUCCAGGAAUUGGAGCAAGCCAAAGAUCUCGAGGAGCAAUUUGAGGCUAGAGUCAACCAGGAGGAGAAAGCAAAGGAAGAACUACUUAUGCAAGCCAAUUCCAUAAGAAAAGAAAGAGAACAAAUUGAAACUUCAGCAAAAUCGAAGGAAAAUAUGAUUAAAUCCAAAGCGGAAAAAAAUCUGCAGAAAUACAAAGAUGACAUUCAGAAGCUUGAAAAAGAAAUUUCCCAAUUGAGACUGAAAAGUGAUUCUUCAAAAAUUGCUGCACUCAGAAGGGGCAUUGAUGGAAGUUAUGCCAACAGACUUAUGGACAUCAGAAAUGGCCCAGAUCACAAGGAGUCCCGGACUCCUUAUAUCUCAAAAGUAGUGAGAGAUUUUCAGGACUACUCUGGGACAGGUGUGAAACGGGAACGGGAGUGUGUGAUGUGCCUUUCAGAGGAGAUGUCUGUUGUUUUUCUCCCAUGUGCUCAUCAGGUGGUGUGUACAACAUGCAAUGAGCUCCAUGAGAAACAGGGGAUGAAAGAUUGCCCUUCUUGUAGGAGCACCAUACAGCGGCGAAUUCCUGUUCGUUAUGCUCGUUCGUAAUUGUUUUCAGAAUUGAGUCGAGUGUUCUGAAUAAUGAUUUUGGGACUCCUUUGAAAUGAAUCGAAUGACCCAUUUUUAAUAGUUGAGAUAAUCAAGUUGCCUUACUUUGCAAAUGGCAGGGUUUAUGCU